AUGACUUAUCCAGAACAUUCAGCAUAUAGAAAAAUAAAAGCUAAAUAUAAUUAUAAUAAUAAUAAAAACAAUAAUAAUAAUAAUAAUAAUAAUAAUAUUAAUAAUAAUAAUAAUAAUAAUAAUAAUAAUAAUAAUAAUAAUAAUAAUAAUAAUAAUAAUAAUAAUAAUAAUAAUAAUAAUAAUAAUAAUAAUAAUAAUAAUUAA